AUGAAAAGCCAAUUCUCCUCCUUCUUCUAUGAAGCGGUUGAAAGUCUUUCCUGCGACUUCUCAACGGAUCUCUGCACCUGGAAAGCUGGAGCAGAUGACACAGUCGCGAUAUUGACUGGAGAGACCAAACUCGUGUCGGCCAUGUCGAGUCUGCGCGGCUCCUAUGCCUACAUGCCGAGUUUCAACGCCACCAGCAAAGCGUCUCUCAACUCUGCUUUGUUAUCGCCGAGCACUGACGAGCCUAACACCUACUGCUUUAGUUUCUGGUACUAUAACUUCGGGGUAACUGCGCCACGAAUUGCAGUGUACUGGAUCAACGACGAGACCGGCCAAUCGAAUCUCGUAUUCUCGAAGUCCGCUAGCAAAAUUGAUGUCUGGUCUCUGGCAAACCUGGAGAUAUUUGCCGACGUUGAUUGGACGUUAUCCGUGAAAAUUGUCUCUGAAUUCAUGGAAGAGUUGGGAGUUGCUGCCGUCGAUGACACGUCCAGUAAAAUUGGCAACUGCGAGAAUCCUCCUGGCGACUGUGACGUUGAAGUGGACUGGUGCCUGUGGUAUAACGUGCAAGAUCUUCCUUUGAAAUGGCAACGCUCGUCUCCCAUUGAGACACCUGAAGGUGGCACCCCAGUGAUUGACCACGACCACACGACAGGAUCGCCGUAUGGCUUCUACUUCGCGGUGCAGCCUGACGCGCCCACGGGAGCUGUAAGAAGUGAACUGUACGCACAGCUUGAAGGUCCAGUCAUUUUUUCAGGCAUCGCCGAACAGUGCGUCAUCUUUUGGUACUUCAUUGACUCGGCAAGCAAUUCAAGUCUAUCAGUUUUACGCCAGCAAAUCCAGAACAAGACAUCAACGACCGUUUGGAAAGCUCAAGGAUCUCAUGGAACAGGCUGGGUGUCGAGUAGAGUUUCUGUAGACACUUCAGUUGCCGAUAUAAGGAUAUUAUUUCAAGCGGACAUCGGUGACAGCGGCUCGUACGCUGUUCUACUGGAUGACAUCAUGAUCCUGGAAGAAGCUUGCCCUGCUAGCGAUCUGUCUUGCUCCUUCGAAUAUUCGUGCGGCUAUUUUGCUGGCAACGAACGGCUCAACCCUUGGCUGAUCGGUAGAGGAGUCACCGAAGUGCCUGACAACGUCACUGGUCCCAUUACAGACCAUACGUUCAUCAACGGCAUGUAUGCCUACACUGACUUCACAAGCCCGGCCGUCACGUUUACGGAUUCACCAGUUCACGCUCUUCUUGAAAGUGAACUCCAGCAGCCCAUGGCAGGAUGCCUUAGAUUUUACUGGGUCAAAUAUAUGAAAAGCAGCGAAGGUGUAGAUGCACCUAUCCUCAGUGUUCAUUUAAUUUCACGGCCAACCAACACCAUCGUUGAUGUUGUGGUCCUCAACGAUACGAAAAUGUCUACAACUUGGACUGAACAGCGAGCUGCAUUCACGUCCGAUGGAUCCGAAUUCGUUCUUGUUUUCAACGGCACGGCGUUCGGAAGAACGAGCUUCAUCGGCAUCGACGACACGCUCGUCUGGAGCGGCGACUGCAGUGAUCCUCCCAUGCCUGCACCCUCAGCCUUCCCAGGAACUUGCGACUUUGAAAGCGAAGACCGAUGUGGGUUUCAAGACGAAACGUUACGAUUCCCGUGGCUGGUUGGCUCACAAGAUAAUGUUUCGUUCCUGCCUCUUGACCACUCAACCCAAUCAUCUUCAGGUAAAAUGCUCUACCGAACCUCUGGAGGCGCAGAUUAUGAGAGAGCAGCCAUCGUGUCAGAGCCGCUGCUCUUACCUCGGGCGUGUGUGAGGUUCUUUUUCUAUGCAUAUCCUUUCAAAGCGCAAAAAAUACAAGUUUUCAAAAAAAUGCAUCACCGCCCUGAUGAGCUCAUCGGUGAGGUCACCUCGCCCCUUGCCAACUGGUUGGCGCUAAGAUUCUAUGUUGAAGAGAACGAAGAAUGGCAGCUAAAGUUCGUAGCUGAAAGUAUGCUGAACGAGAACUCGUUGGUCGCCAUCGAUGACGUUGUUGUGAGCACGCUACCGUGUGAUGAGCGCACGAGCUGUGACUUCGAAGAAAGUAUUUGUCUUUGGGAAGAUGACUCAACGCACAUGUGGGCAAGAGGAGUGAUCCGAGACAACGACGCCUUAUCUCCGGGCUUCAGCUAUUCGCCCUCACAUGAUCACUCCACAGGCACGGAAUUUGGGGCCUACCUUUAUUUUUACGACCAAACAAAUGCCUCGUCUUCUCAAGAAACAGUUGCCAGAAUUAUUUCUGAGACUAUUCCACCUUCCGAUGAGCAGCAUUGCUUCGAAGCAUGGGUUUAUUUGAAUGGAGACAAUGUUGGCGAGCUGCGUGUUAAUUUCCUGUAUCCUGAUGGAAGUAAUUCGGUGGCUGAAAUUAUUGACCCUGGCCUUGAGGUGGACAAGUGGCGUAAAGUGCAGGUCGCCGACGAUGCAAGCCAGCAUUGGAUUUACUUCGAAGCCCGGGGCUCUGGAGGACCUGUGGACAUAAUGGCAGUCGACAGCACUGCUCGUCACCAGGGAAAUUGUACAAUUUUGUCUCAAGAUUUUGUUUGUGAAAAUGGGAAGACGAUAUCGAUGGAUCAGGUGUGUGAUUACAACAGCGACUGCAGUUUAGAAGAAGAUGAGACCGUUUGCGCCACUUGUUAUUUUGGUGUUGACAAAUGUGGCUGGAGCGCCGCCGAGUCGAUGAGCUCUCCCAGCAUGUUCUACUGGGACUUCGAGCCGCACGGAAUUGACGAUAAGGUCGGGAUGGUUGCAACAAGAACAAAAUCCGCUGGUUUUGAAGAAUUCGACGCUCACCUGUAUACACCUGAGACUCAACAAUCAACCUACUAUACAUGCAGCCUUUACAUUCAGUACAAACUCAAUGGUCCAGCUGAAACAGCACCUAAGCUGGAAGUAAACAUGCAGAACGACGGCUCCAGUGAUUCUACGAUGCUGUACAUAGCUAAGGGCAUUUCCGAAAAUUGGCAAGAGUUUAGAAUACCUCUCGGGCAUGUCGCUGAUCGCUUUAGACUGGCCGUAACCUUCAAACCCAAUCACAAGACUACUGAAACUGAAAACUUGGGGGCGCAGGUCGAGAGAAUUCUUCUGGAGAACUGUGAUAUUGUGAAGGAAGUUGUUGAUACACGUUCAGAAGGAGAGUUUUUCCACUGCGCUGAUAAUCGAACUUGCGUUCCUUCUGCGGCCGUGUGCGACUUCAACGAGGAUUGCCCCGAUGCUUCUGAUGAGGAGUUCUGCGCCGUCGAGCGAUGCUCGUACGAAGACCGAUACGAGAAGUGCAUGUGGCAGAACAAAGGCUUUACGCGCGUCACAGCCGGCAAGACUGGGAAGUUGCCGUACAGAGACCACACCGUCAACCAGGGCUCUGGUUCUUACGUGCUUGAUGAAGAAUCCGAUUUUAUUCCCAUGAUCUAUUCAAACAACGUUGAACCAUCUCAAGAUUGUGAGUUUGGAUUCUACUCGAGCCUUUCGGGCAACCUGAACGUCAAGUUGGUCAUCGAAAUCAAGGAAGUGCCAUCGCAGAUCACGAUUCAUACGAGCGAAGUUGUUGCUCCUGCUCGGGAGAACUUCGGCUGGCAACGUACAACAAGAAUAUUCAGCUCAGAACAGACGACGCAGAUCCGCAUCAUCGGGCUAAACAAAUGGAGUGAAGGAGUUGUUGCCCUGGACGAUUUCUUCGUGUCGCCCAAAUGCAAGAUCGGCACUGCAGUGACCGACCCUCUGGACUACAGCCAUACCUUCUACUGCCAACCGUCGCAGUUUGAGUGUGAGACCUGCAUAGAUUACACUAAAGUUUGCGACUUUAAAAGUGACUGCAACGACGGUAAAGACGAACGUUCUUGCGGGUCCACUAAUUUCAAAGACGACGCUGGCAGCUGGCAGGACGCGAGCAUCUCUGCAUAUCACUGGGAGCGAGCAAGUGCCCCCGAGAUAGGCUCCUCUGCCCCGCCCCAAGACCCCCUCAACUCUGGCGACGACCACUACAUGUGGCUUGCUGCACGUGGAGCAGGAACCCCCACAAAUUUCGCGACCCUCGUUGGCCCUGAGAUGGGCCCGACGGCUCUGCCAUGUACCUUCUCGUUCUACUCGUACGGCCACGACACCAUCCCCUCGAUGUACGUCUAUGCCGAGAGCGCAGGUCCUAUCAUGAGAAGACUUCUCUACGAGUUCGUCUACGUCUUCCAGGCUAACCAAUGGCAGCAUCAUGAGAUCCACAUCGGGGAGCAAUCUGACAGAUUUCGGGUGGGCUUCAGGGUUCUAAAAGAAGGCUAUAUAGCUGCCGAUGUGAAUUUCGAUCUCUUCUUGGAUGACUUCUCUUUCGUUGGAUGUUCAACAGAGGAAGCUCCUAGAAAUGGAAGCUUCGAGUGCACCUUCAGCUCGCCCUGCUCUGACUUACUUCAAGCAAAUGACGACUCCGCCGACUGGAUCCCAGAACUCGACCUGUUCACUCUCAACGAUUAUUUGCGCCUCCAAUCACCAUCAUCACAGGAGGUCAUGGCGGAUUUAAAAACCUGGUACCGCACACCGACCAGACAGUCAUGCUUCUCGUUCAGGUAUAAAAUAGUUGGAGGUGCUAGUUUAUUCGUCAUUUUUUCUGACGAGUCUGGCAAGAACGAAACCCUGUGGCAGCGGCUCCAUGAGGUGGAUUUUGUCGACUGGCAAAAAGUUCACUUGGAAUUUGGGUCUUCUGAUAACAAUUUCCAGAUGACUAUCAGAGGCAAAACACACAGCACAGAAGAAGUCACACAAUACAUCUGGCUGGACGAUGUAGGGCUUAGAGACGGUCCCUGCCCAGCUGACCUGACGUGCACGUUCGAGGAGGGCGACUGCGGCUGGCACAACGACACGGUGCCGGAACAAGAGAUACCCUGGCUCAUCGUCAGCUCCGACACCAACACGUCUCUUUACGACCCACCGGCUGACCACUCGUGGAUGACGGCCGCUGGUCACUACGCCAUGAUUGACGUCCAGGACGGGCAGGCUGGGAAAAACGGGCGAUUGCGAAGCCCGUUGAACCGCCCUACCUCUGCUGGUGGCGACUGUUUCAAAUUUUGGUACUACCUCUACGACGCGGGAAACACUGAGAGCGGCGUCGGAGAACUUACGGUUCUUCUUGACAAAGGAAACUUGGAUGAAAAGUUAUGGUCUUCCUCCGAAAAUUCUAGAGCCGCGUGGCAACUGGCCCAAGUUACUGUCAAGUCUGCGGCCAAUUUCUCGCUCGUUAUUGGUGCCAAUAGACACGAAUCGAAUGCUGGCACAAUGGCUGUUGACGACCUUACCAUCGAUUUCGAUCCGUGCACCAACGUAGUAGAUUGCGAUUUUGAAAACGGAUUGUGUGGCUGGACCAUUGAUACUUCGACGAGCGUUCCCUGGCAGCUCUUCAUGGCACAAGACAAUUUCGGCUUCGUGGAAGUUGACCACACGUUAAACAGUGAACUCGGUCACUACAUCUCAUUCGACAGUCGACCCUGCCAGGGCAGCUCACAGGACUGCACCGCGACGCUCACCAGCGCUGAAGUCAACCCAUUCAUUCCGACUUAUUGUUUCUCCGGCUACUGCUUCGCCUCCAACCUCGACGAAAAUAGCACAGUCAGCCUUACGGUUCGAUCACUCACAAGCAACGAUUCGUACACGGUGUUCCCGAUACCAACAUCUGUCAGCAAUGAAGACGCAUGGCUCCCCUUCUCGGUCACCCUGACUGAGCUCACAUACACCUUCCAGAUCUCGCUGAGGGCUUUCGCCUCAACGCUUCCUGUAGAAGAGCAGAGAAUGGUCAUCAUGCUGGACGAUCUUUUGCUGGUGUCUGGCGCGUGUGGGGAAGUUACCACCCAAGCGCCCCCUACGACAACCACCAUGAUACCCUUCGUUGACUUGUUCACCUGCGACUUCGAAGGUGGCGACGCUUGUGCAUGGACUGUGGACGACGGCUGGCUUCUGACAAAUGGAGAAAACGAAAAGCUCGUUCCAUGGGGUCCUUUCUCUGACCACACAACUGAUCUCUCUUCAGGGCAUAUGCUGGUGAUAUCGGACAGCGGAUCAUCCAUACAAAAUGUUGAGGUGACAUCGUCCUACGUUACCAUGCCUGGUGAUGGGAUCUGCUUUUCCUUCUACUACUUCAUGCAUGGAGAAGCAGACCUCCUUCUGUCACUGGUGGUCGAUGAAGAUAAAAAGAGUGAGAGUUUCCUGGCUUGGCAGCGCGAAGGUGAAGUUGACAACGACUGGCAUCAAGCAUACUACUAUGCAAUUCCGGAAGAGGGAAAUGUCAAAGUGAGGAUAAUUUUCUCGGCCGGUUAUUUAACCGUCGACAACCGGACUGGAAACAUAGCCAUCGACGACAUCGUUGCCCAUGCUGGCGAGUGCGCUGAGCAAGAUCACUGCGACUUCGAAGAUCACAAAUCAUGCGGCUGGCAAAUGCCGGCGGAAGGCAACGCUCUGGCGUGGCUUGAUGCAGACGGACUGCAGGCUGAUGCAUCUCCGGAAAUUCCAAGCUAUGAUCACACUUACGGCACAAGCAGAGGGCGGUUCUUGUACGUACAUCACCUGACUGCAGACGAUCUGUUGUACCCGCGUGCCUAUUUGUACAGUCCUGCUCUCAGCGCUUCAGAGAACACUCUCUGCUUAGAGAUGUACUACUACAUGCAAGGCUCUAAAGACUGGACAGGCUCCCUCUCCGCCUACGUGUUACCAUCAGGCAUGGACGUAGAAGACGCCACCCCUGUCUGGACAGCCUCUGGUAACCGCGGAGCAAACUGGGCCCGGGCCAUUGUGGAAACUCCAGUGGAAGAAUCUUUCCAGAUUAUUUUUGAAGCGUUUGACGAGGAAACAUUGAAUGCAUCCAUCAUCGCCCUGGACGACGUGAAGUGGACACCCGGUGAAUGCCCAGCGCUGGGCUGGUGCAGCUUCGAGGACGGGACAUGCGGCUACACCAACGAUCAGACCACGGAUGAUCUCAACUGGGUGGUGUGGCGUGGCGACGCCACAGACAGAGAUACUGGGCCGGCCGUCGACCACACACUCGGCACGGACAGAGGGCACUACAUGCUGAUGGACGCCAGCGUUGGCACAGAAGGACAGCAGGCCAUCCUUGUGCUCACCGACAUACCGGCGGGCUACUAUUGCUUCAAGUUCUUCUUUCACAUCUACGGCGAGGACGUCGGAGGUUUGAUAAUAACUGUCGUAAGAGAGGACCAGACGGAGCACGCCCUCCUAAAGAUAAUACGCUCAACAGGAAAUCAAUGGUUUGAAGCGGCCGUGGAUCCGUUUUCCCAGGAUUUGUCCUUCAGCUUGUUGCUGAUCGCCACGGUAGGCAAAGGACCUCUGGGAGACAUCGCCAUCGACGACACUUCGUUAGAAGUCGGUGCCUGCCAUGAAAACCCUGAAAUGUACCACUGCCACGACGGCACUUCCAUUGAGUUCGAUCUCGUGUGUAACUUCGUCGAGGAUUGCCGGCUCGGUGAAGACGAAAGUUUGUGCGCUGACUGCCGUUUCGAAAAUACUUUCUGUGGUUGGACGCGCGAUUCCACAACGGACCACAUCUGGGACCUGGCCCAAGUGUCGCCGUCCUACGGCAAGUCGCUGUACGUGGCCCAGCAGGUGGCAGGGGAGCCUGGGCCUGCGCUCAUCAGCUCCCGCGAUCUCCACGACGCAUUCACCAACUGCACUUUCAAGUUCUGGUAUCGCAGUAACCCUGAAAACGGCACGUCGGCUCGACUAAGCGUCGCGGUGGAAUCGUCAGGAGGCACCGCUUACGUCUACCACGUCAUAAACGAAGGCAAUGACGACUGGAAGGAGGCAAGCGUGCAGAUAUUCGAUCACUAUGAAGCGUUCCAAGUAACGCUAGAGGGUGAAACCAACGCCUCGCCUUUCGCCCUCACGGUGGACGACACAUCCAUGGCUGGGUGCACCCAACCGCGCCUCAACCAAUCCUGUUCAGCAGGGCAACUCUCUUGCCAAACAUCAGGCCUGUGUAUUGAUGAAGCGUAUAUUUGCGAUGGCACCAACGACUGCGGUGACAGGACCGACGAAACUAAUUGUAACGCCAAUUUUCCAUUGUGCGAUUUUGAGGACGAUGCUUGUUCCUGGAACCAAGAAGCUAACAAAGACGAUAUUGACUGGAUUGUCACGAACGGCCAAACACCUGCCGGGCUAGAAUCGUUCAAAACUGGCCCAUCAACUGACCAUACCACCCGACUGCCUGAAGGAAAGUAUUUAUACAUUACGAAAUUUGAGUCUAGCAAUGAGGAAAGCAAGAAGGCUUGGUUACUCAGUCCAACGAUCCAAAGAACGGAAGACAAGUCGUGUAUUCUGCGUUUCCAUUAUUACAUGUUUGGACCUAACGUUCAGAGUGUCAUUGUAUACAAAAUUUCUGGAGGAAACGAGCAAACUGAUGAACUUUUCUCAGUCACGGGCGACCAAGGACAAAAGUGGUUACGCGGAACCUCAGAGGUAACAACAUCGGGACCUUUCCGAUUCGCCAUAGAAGGGACUGUCAAGUCACUGGAUUUCGUGGACAUUGCAAUAGACGACAUCUCUUUGUCUCAAGGAUGCGUUGCUGCAGCCGACGUGACUACCACCACUAGUACAUCUACAACCACUAGAGUAACUCCGUCUCCCACCACGAAGAUUACCACUCCCUACACGUUCCCUACCUCUACGACGCGUCUCCCUCCCACCACGACGGCCAAACAUUGUCCUGCUACAACGCUCGACUGUGGGGCCUCCAACCUUACCUGCGUGCCAGGGAUGCUGGUCUGCGAUUCGGUCCAAGAUUGUCUCAACGGUGCCGAUGAAGAAGGAUGUGCCGGUAAAAUUCUUGGAUUGCUUCUGACCAUUUUAACUGUGCAGCAAAAUAACAAAUAA